AUGACCAGAGAGACCCCUCCAGAGAUAUUACAGAUUCCAAAAAAGUCUUGCAACCAAGAGCACCCAGAUGACUUCUUGAUGAGGAGGCCUUUUUUCCUCGUUGUGAUCCUCUUGGUAACAGGAUGGCACACUGGGUAUAGCGAGCCGACAGCCAACAAACACAAUGAAUGUAUUGCUGGUAUCCCAGGUAUACCAGGGGCCCCAGGAAUGCCUGGCCACAAUGGACUUACUGGGAGAGAUGGGAAAGACGGACCCCCAGGGGAGAAAGGAGACCCUGGUGAAUCUGGAAAAUCAGGGCCUGUUGGGCCUCCAGGUAAAGUAGGUCCACCAGGCGUUACUGGUCCCCGUGGCCUUCCUGGUCCUCCUGGUAUUCCAGGUCCAUCGUGGUCACCUGAAAAGAGUAAAGUCUACGCCUUUCAUGUUGGUCUUAAGACCUCAGCUCCGCCAUCCAACACACCAAUUAAAUUCACUAAAGUUUUUUACAAUGAACAAAAUAUUUAUAACACAGAGACUGGUAAAUUUGUUGCUCCGGUAGAUGGAUUGUAUUUUAUAACCUACCAAAUUACAGUAUACUCGAAAAAUGUACACCUUUCACUCCGACAUAAUGAUAAGAUUGUCCAGUACAUGUAUCAUGUAUAUGGUUCUAAUACUCAUCAAGCUUCUGGAGCUUCAAUUCUAAAGCUUAACAAACGUGAUGAAGUUUGGCUGCAGGACGUCAACAGUAAUAAUGGUCUUUAUACUGAUGACAAUGACGACUCCACAUUUUCCGGUUUUCUAAUUGGUUGAGCUGAUUUAUACAUUUGCAAAUUUAUUCUGAAAAAUCCUAAUUUUUGUAAAUGAUUCAAUCUUUAGUUAUAUGUGAUUCAUUUUCAUUGAGUCAAUAUAGAAAAAGAUUUCAAGUUGCAAAUGUUUUUGGGACCUUGGAGGUCUCUUUUCUUCUCUGCAUUCCAUUAACAGUACUCUAGAAUUAAAUGUAUUACAUAUGACCAUAACUCUGUGUUUUCUUGGAUCAACAUGGCUAUAUCCACUUUCCUUAACCUGAUUCAAAUAUAGCACAUAGACCAGGGAUAGACAACAGGUAUCUGGCCAUCUUCAAUGUUCAGCAAAGUUCUUAGGAAGAAAAAGAGUGUGUUUAUGGCCAGCUAACCAUGGUGGGAGCAAUAGUUGGAGAGCUAAUUAUUAUAUUAAAAAAAGUGUAAUUGUACAGACUAAAGGCUACUAAUGUUAAAAUGUUCUUCAAUAAAUGUGAUUACAAAAUACAUUGAGAUUGUUCAAAUAA